AUGGGCAGCGGCCAGAGAAAGGUCAGCUGGACUCUGUGCUUCCUGCUCCUGCUGCUCCUUGAAGCCGCGUCCCCCAAGAGCCUCUGGGAGCGGGCAUUGCCCUCGAGGCUGGCGGAGAGGUCCCGUGCCGAAGAGGUAGGCGGCUCCCGUCAGCCCCGUGCAGACCGCUGCCCGCCGCCCCCACGCUCGCUGCCCCCUGGUGCCUGCCAGGCUGCACGCUGCCAAGCCGACUCCGAGUGCCCACGACACCGGCGCUGCUGCUACAACGGCUGCGCCUACGCCUGCCUGGAGGCCGUGCCGCCCCCGCCAGUUUUAGACUGGCUAGUACAGCCGAAACCUCGAUGGCUUGGGGGCAAUGGCUGGCUCCUGGAUGGCCCGGAGGAAGUGUUGCAAGCAGAGGCCUGCAGCACCACCGAGGACGGGGCCGAGCCGCUCCUCUGCCCCUCAGGCUACGAGUGCCACAUCCUCAGCCCGGGGGACCUGGCCGCGGGCGUCCCCAACCGGGGGCAGUGUGUCAAGCAGCGCAAGCCAGCAGAUGGUCGAUUCUUACGACAGAAAUUUUACAAAGAAUAUCCAGAGGGCGCCUCCAAGUAUGUGGCAGAACACGGACAGGGACAGCAGAGGCACUUUCAAUAA